CAGUCGACUCGGAUAACCGUCUCCGAUCAAUCGAAUCAAAAACCCUAAAAAGAAAGGAGUGGCGUGAUGAUGCAGCUCUCUCAAUGUACCUGGACAUUCCCAGAGUUGCUUAAAAGACCAGCCUUUUUAAGGAGGAGUAUUGAUAGUAUUUCGAGUAGAAGUAGGUCCAGCUCCAAGUAUCCAUCUUUCAUGGCGUCCGCAUCGACAGUCUCCGCUCCAAAUACGGAGGCUGAGCAGACCCAUAAUCCCCCUCAACCUCUACAGGUUGCAAAGCGCUUGGAGAAAUUCAAAACAACAAUCUUUACUCAAAUGAGCAUGCUUGCCAUCAAACAUGGAGCAAUAAACCUUGGCCAAGGGUUUCCCAACUUUGAUGGUCCUGAGUUUGUCAAAGAAGCAGCAAUUCAAGCCAUUAAGGAUGGGAAAAACCAAUAUGCUCGUGGAUAUGGAGUUCCUGAUCUCAACUCUGCUGUUGCUGAUAGAUUCAAGAAGGAUACAGGACUCGUGGUGGACCCCGAGAAGGAAGUUACUGUUACUUCUGGAUGUACAGAAGCAAUUGCUGCGACUAUGCUAGGCUUGAUAAAUCCUGGUGAUGAGGUGAUCCUCUUUGCUCCAUUUUAUGAUUCCUAUGAAGCCACUCUAUCCAUGGCUGGUGCCCAAAUAAAAUCCAUCACUUUACGUCCUCCGGAUUUUGCUGUGCCCAUUGAUGAGCUCAAGUCUGCAAUCUCAAAGAAUACCCGUGCAAUCCUUAUAAACACUCCCCAUAACCCCACAGGAAAGAUGUUCACAAGGGAGGAACUGAAUGUGAUUGCAUCCCUCUGCAUUGAGAAUGAUGUGCUGGUGUUUACUGAUGAAGUUUACGACAAGUUGGCUUUCGAAAUGGAUCACAUUUCCAUGGCUUCUCUUCCUGGGAUGUACGAGAGGACCGUGACUAUGAAUUCCUUAGGGAAAACUUUCUCCCUGACUGGAUGGAAGAUUGGUUGGACAGUAGCUCCCCCACACCUGACAUGGGGAGUGAGGCAAGCCCACUCAUUCCUCACGUUUGCUACCUGCACCCCAAUGCAAUGGGCAGCUGCAACAGCCCUCCGGGCCCCAGACUCUUACUAUGAAGAGCUAAAGAGAGAUUACAGUGCAAAGAAGGCAAUCCUAGUGGAGGGAUUGAAGGCUGUCGGUUUCAGGGUAUACCCAUCAAGUGCCUAUUUUGUGGUGGUGGAUCACACCCCAUUUGGGUUGAAAGACGAUAUUGCGUUUUGUGAGUAUCUGAUCAAGGAAGUUGGGGUGGUAGCAAUUCCGACAAGCGUUUUCUACUUACACCCAGAAGAUGGAAAGAACCUUGUGAGGUUUACCUUCUGUAAAGACGAGGGAACUCUGAGAGCUGCAGUUGAAAGGAUGAAGGAGAAGCUGAAGCCUAAACAAUAGAUAGCUAGCAUAUGCCUUUCUUUAUUUGCAGAUUAUGUUGAGCUACGCGAUGUUAUGAGCAAUAAAGACUCGGCGGUGCUGCAAGCAUCUGACAUUAGGGGUGACUAUAUUUCUUCCUUUAGGUUUGAAGGAAAUGUGUAUUAUUAUUUAUUAAUGGUAUCAAUUGGUAAGCAAUUUGAGUAGGA